CCUCAUGUCUUUGUGUUCCUGUGCUGAAGAAUGUUCUUGAGUUCCUCUGGUGGACUUUUGAGACGUCGUUUCUUUCCUGCUUUUUUCUUUUGCCUGUCUCAACGCGCUUCAGCUGUUCUCUCUUUUUCUUUUUCUCAGUUCCAGCUUCUCCAAUGGCUCUCCGGAAAGCUCUUCUUCAUAUCAGCCGUAAAUCCCUGCACAGUGACACGAGCACGCGGGCUUUGCUGCAGUCUCGCGCGCUGCACAGCUCCACCGUACCGGAGGAACCCGCACGAGCCGCCACCGACGCCGAGCUGAAGCACGCGGGCCCGGUAAAGAGCCUGCGGGAAAUGCCCGGUCCCAGCGCCAUCGGGAACCUCAUCGAGUUCUUCUACAGAGACGGCUUCAGCCGCAUCCACGAGAUCCAGAUGGAGCACAGUCAGAAAUAUGGGAAGAUCUUUAAGUCACGCUUUGGGCCGCAGUUGGUGGUGUCAAUAGCAGACCGAGACAUGGUAGCUCAGGUGCUGAGGGCUGAAGGUGUAGCACCUCAGAGAGCCAACAUGGAGUCGUGGAAAGAGUACAGAGACAUGAGGGGACGCGCCACUGGCCUCAUCUCUGCUGAGGCUGACGAGUGGCUGAAGAUGCGCAGUGUGCUGCGACAGCUCAUCUUGCGUCCACGCGAUGUUGCAAUAUUCUCAGACGACGUUAAUGAAGUGGUGGCAGACCUGGUGGUAAAAGUGCGCAAACUGCGAAGCCAGCAGCCUGACGGACUUACAGUCCUCAACGUCAAUGACAUGUUCUUCAAAUUCGCUAUGGAAGGUGUGGCGUCCAUCUUGUACGAGGCCCGUCUGGGCUGCUUAGAAGACGAGAUUCCCAAGAUGAGCCAGGAAUACAUCAAGGCCCUCCAUCUCAUGUUCAGCUCCUUCAAGACCUCCAUGUACGCCGGUGCCAUCCCCAAAUGGCUGCGACCCAUCAUUCCCAAACCGUGGGAGGAGUUUUGCCGCUCCUGGGAUGGACUCUUCAAAUUCAGCCAGAUCCACAUUGACAAGAAGUUGGCGGAGAUCAAGCAGAAUUUGGAGAGAGGAGAGGAGGUGAAAGGAGGUCUGCUUACUCACAUGCUGGUCACCAAGGAGAUGAAUCUGGAGGAGAUCUACGCCAACAUGACUGAAAUGCUCUUGGCUGGUGUGGACACGACCUCUUUCACAUUAUCGUGGAGUACAUACCUCCUGGCCAAGCAUCCCAUGGUGCAACAGCAGAUCUAUGAGGAAGUGACACAUGUACUUGGUGGACGAGUCCCGACCGCAGAUGAUGUUCCUCAGCUGCCGCUCAUUAAGGGACUCGUCAAGGAGACUCUCAGGCUUUAUCCUGUUCUUCCUGGAAAUGGUCGAAUCACUCAGGACGACCUCAUCGUGGGAGGUUAUUUCAUCCCCAAAGGGACUCAGUUGGCUCUUUGUCAUUACUCCACCUCCAUGGAUGAGGAGAAUUUUCCCAGCGCGGAAGAGUUCCGUCCUGAUCGCUGGCUCCGUAAAGACACUUCGGAUCGAGUGGACAAUUUUGGCUCCAUUCCCUUCGGCUACGGCAUCAGGAGCUGCAUCGGCAGGAGGAUAGCAGAACUCGAGAUGUACUUGGCUCUCACCCAGCUCCUUCAGAAGUUCCACAUCGAGGUGUCUCCGUUCACAGGCGAGAUCCGAGCCAAAACUCAUGGCCUGCUAUGUCCUGCAGCUCCCAUCAAUGUCAAGUUUAUCGACCGUGUAUAAACUCCCAUCCCCUUUCUAAAUGUACAUAUGUCUCUGAACUUAGUGUUUUUAGUAAACCCUUGAAAACUGAUUUGAAAACAGAAGUUUAUUUUGAAUCAUUGCACUUGUCCAUCAUGCCCAUUUAAUUUUUUUUUUUCAUUUAAAUGGCCUUUAAAGCCCUUGUCAUCUUCUUUUCAGAAUUAGAUGCUUACUAUUAGCUAUACCUUAUGUGGUGACUGCAAAAGAAGAAUAUGAUCUAUAUAUAGAAAAAUAUAAUAUACACCGAUCAGCCAUAACAUUAAAACCAGUGAUGGGUGAAGUGAAGAACACUGAUUAUCUUGUUACAGUGGCACCUGUCAAGGGGUGGGAUAUACCAGGAUGCACCAUGGGAAGAAGACGACCCAGCGGAGGCAGUGUGAUGCUCUGGGCAAUGUUCUUCUGGAAAACCUUGGGUCCUGGCAUUCAUGUGGAUGUUACUUUGACACUUACCACCUACCUAAACAUUGCUCCAAACCAAGUACACCCCUUCAUGGCAACGGUAUUCCCUAGUGGCAGUGGCCUCUUUCAGCAGGAUAAUGCGCCCUGCUACACUGCAAACAUUGUUCAGGAAUGGUUUGAGGAACAAAGAGUUCAAGGUCUUGACUUGGCCUCCAAAUUCCCCAGAUCUCAAUCCGAUCGAGCAUCUGUGGGAUGUGCUGGAUAAACAAGUCCAAUCCAUGGAAGCCCCAAAAUGCAACUUACAGGACUUAAAGGAUCUGCCAAGGAUCUAACCCACAGCACACCUUCAGAGGUCUUGUGGAGUCCAUGCCUUGAUGGGUCAGAGCUGUUUUGGUGGCAUAAAGGGGACCUACACAAUAUUAGGCAGGUGGUUUUAAUAUUAUGGCUGAUCGAUGUAUAUAAUGGUGAGUAGUUCUACCCAGAGUUAACAGACUGGCUGCACAAUGAAAAUUAUGAUAAUAGUGAAAUAAGCAUGAUCUAUGCCUAGUGCUAUAAAAGCACAGGCAAGCUGCAUCAUUGUUUAAAUUAUCCCGACAAUGUUUUUCGUAGUUGUAUAAGAAAAUCUCAUCAUAUUAUACAUGAAAAAAAAAAACAACAAAGUUAGUCUGAUAUUGCCAAGCUUCACAACUAAUACUAACAACUCAAAAGGGUUAAUAAGCUUCUUGCCAUCACAUGAUAAUAGACAGUUAAAUGAGAGGACAGUACAGCUGAUUGUCAACUAUUUUAUCAAAACAAUCAAUAUGCCUGCUUCUUUUGCACAUUGUAGUGCCAUGGUCUGUUGUGCAGUGUAACUAGCUAAACAGCAGAAUGUAGCAAUGUUACAUGAUUUUACUGCUUUCCUCAUGCAAAAUGCCACUAGAAAUAUGUAAAAACAAAGAGAUGUUCUGCCAUUCCUAUAUGCUUUCCUAGUGCUAGCACUGUUCACAAGGAUGCUGUCAAUCAGUAAGUGAUCUGAUGCCCACGUAAUACUGAUCAGGCAGAAAACAGGAAUUUUAAUAGCUUUAAGCUAUAAUUAAAUUGUAGUAAGGGAUAUAUAUUUGAAAUUGUUUUGGGCUUUAAAUUUUUAUGCAUAUACAAACUUCCAACUCAUGAUCAUUUUCUUAAAGCGAUUACAAAUGCAGUUAUCAAGAAAUGAAAGUCCAUGUGUUUUAACUUGACUGAAAUGAUUACCUAAUGGAUUCUGCUUUUCCUUUAUGCCUUUCUUGUCCUCGCAGAGACCCGGCUUGUCUUCGGGACCAUAGCCCAUAGGACUAAGUGGUGUCAUAACUGUGUCAUAACAGCAUCAUAACAGCAAACCAGCUCUUUUAAAUUUUGCUAAAUCUUUCAAAAUCAUUUAACAAACUCGACAUUUUGUACAACUUUACACUUUACAGGAUUUUACUGUAUUGGAGUUAUUGUGAACUAUUUAACCUAUAAUAUGUUAAAAUAAAUAUCUUACUCUUUCAGAUUGGAGCAGUGGUUCAGUCUGCUGCAGGACAUUUUUCAAGAAAAGUCUCCUUAUUAUAAAUACUCAUAUUUAGAGUUUUAACUGUGCGCUGUUGUGUAUGACAGAUUGUUGCUUUACAGUUAUGAAUGGUAAAUACUGCCUUGUGUGUAAAUACAUGACCUGAAUUUAACCUGUAACAUUUAAGGACUUACCACGAGGAAAUGAGCAGAGUUGUGUGUGUUAUGUGCCAAGAGGUUCCGUGAAGUGGAAUAUAUAAUGAUGGAAAAAAGGAAGUUCAACUACAUUGUGUAAAUAAAGAAUAACACUAGUGACUGUGAAUAUCAA